AAAUGAUAGUUACAUCACCGGAACUGUGAUAUAUCGAAUAAAUGAUAAUAUUGAUAAAUUUAGAGAAAUUACUUUUAAGAGUUUCCCCAGAAAUUCUGAUUCGUUGGUUACUCCGUUUAAAAAAAAUUCUAUUGUUUUGAUGGUUGGCUGUUAUGUAUGUGAAGAUAAUAUAGAAUAUAUCACUAUAAUUCAAUCUGUUCCUGUAUCUUAUUCUGAUAAUGAAUAUACUCUUACCCAAGAAGACCUCCCAAAUUCGUCUCUCUUAUUACUUUACUCAGCUCCUGUAGUACCAAAUUCAUAUAUUCCUGACAAUAAUAAAGGUCGAGAAAGUUUUAUGCUAGCAAGGCAUUUGUAUAAUGGAGUCACUAACAAUAAACAAAUUGACUCUAAAGUUAUCGUAUCAUAUCUAAACGAAAACAAUUGUUAUAAUGCCUUAAAAAAUAAUCUAAAAAGAACUGUCUUAUCUGUCAUAGGAUGUGACGCUCAAGCUUCAAAUACUUCGUCUAGUAGAACAACAUCUUCACAAGGAGAACUUGACACACAACUUGAAAGCAUCGAAGAAAAAUAUGCUAUAUUAACAUCUUAA